UGAGAUUUGUCCUUUUGGCCGCUUCGCCAUGAUGCCGGCUGGGUGAAGUGGCUACGUUUGAAAGUGGAUGGAAUGGGCAGUAAUUUGUGUCAACAGAUACCGGCGACCAAAGCCUGACGAUCCACCCGAGGCGAAGGAAACAGAUUCACAGGAUGUUCCAGAUGAAACUCCCGCAGCUGAAGCACCAGAACCGCCUGCAGCGCCUGAAGCUGAUGAGUCGCUCUCCGAAGAUGAGGUUCUGGAAGCUGUGAGCCAAGAAGAGCUACGAGGAUACCAGGAGAUCCUGGAGAGCUCAGAGGAUGAGGAGGAUGAGGAGCCCAAGGAAAAUGAAGAGUUGAAGGAAGAGGUUGAAGAGGUCGAAGAAGCUGAGGAAGCGGAGGAAGGAGUGGAGGCAGAGGCUGAGGCUGUUCAGGACGACAAUGCUACAAGUGCAGCGUCUGUAGAGGUAGCUGAAGCCAUCCCAGAGGAGGCAGAUGCCUCUGAAGUCAGUAGCGAUUCGGAGGGUAACGAAUUGGACUUGGAGAACUACGAGAUCUCUGACGAUGACGAUGAGGAGAUGGAACCGGUGGAUGUGAGCGACGCUGACGAUGAUUUGGACUUUGACGACUUUGAUGGUGAAGAUGACUUUGAGGAGGAUUUGGACUUGGAGGACUAUGAAGAGGAGGAUGAUUUGGGACCAUUGAAGCAGGGCUUCAGCACAUGGCUUGCCUGCUGGGAUCAGGAGCUGCCUUCGCGGCUGGCCAAGCCGGGUGCAGCCCAAAGUUUGAGGGAACGAUUGUUGGAAGCUUUGCGCAAGGAGACAGGAAGCAAAAGCACUGUGGAGGUGAACCGCUUCUCCCUGCAAUGGGAGCAUUCCUUGGUGUUUGAUGACUGUCCACCUUUGCUUGGAUUCGUCUCGAUCAAGGAUGCCGAGGCGUUGCGAAACUGUCGCAGCCUGGCGGACUUGAAACUGAAAUUCGCCUGGAGCGAAGAGACCGCGCCGGCCGUGGACGACGAGCCUGCCUCACCAGGCUACAGGGCUCGGGAGAUUCGCCUGGAUCGAUCCAGGUCUCGUGACAGGAGUAGGAGUGCUGAAAGGCCAUGGAGCUCCAUGCGCUACUUCGAUGAUCGGAAACUCAGGAGCGCCCGCAGCGAACCCAGCCUGCCCAGGGCGCCCAGGGGGCAGCCCAGGCAGCGGCAGCGGCACAUCCAACUGGAGCCCGUCACCAUGGCCAUGGCCAUGGCACCCGAGCCCAUGGCAUGGUGCAAAGACAUCAUGUCUUUCCCAGAGGAAGGACCCAAGGUCGCUUUGGACAAGAACGGUGUUUUGGUGGUCUACAAGCCAGCGUUUUGGACGAUGACCACCUGCCAAGAUGGCGAGCGAGUCAUCAGCAGACAUUCGGCUCUUCAAGACUGGAUCAGGAACCAUAUGGGCCACAGGUACAAGUUCCUCUACACCAAUGAUCGUGCUGGUUUGAUACACCGCUUGGAUGUGCAGACCAGUGGGCCAAUUGUGUGUGGAUCCACACCAAAGGCCUUCAAACACUUGCGGGAAAGCCUGCAUUAUCACAAGUUCUACAAGGAGUACAUUGCUUUGAUGCAUGGAGCUCUUCCGGUUCGUCAGUGUUGUGGUGAAAUGGACUAUCCGUUGUUAACCACCAGAGAGCGAGGCUAUUCUGGCUGGCGAACUUGCGUGGACCCCCAUGGUCAACAUGCCCUGACCCGCUACGAGGCAGUGGCUGCCUACAAGUACUCUGAAGGUCACGGCAAAACGCAGCGCUACACGCUUGUCCGACUUCAACUUAUCACGGGGAAGACGCACCAGAUCAGGGUACACCUCAUGGAGUUGGCGCGCAGAAAUAAUUUGAAGACCCAUGGCAUCGUGGGGGACUACAAGUACUUGCCACCGCGGAACUUGAAGCUGGACAAGAGGAUUUGCCGUCGCGUUUUCCUCCACUGCUAUCGGUUACAUUUUCCGAUGCCAGAUGCUGAGGACGAGAAUCUGUGCAAGGUUCGUUGUCCGCUUCCCAGCGAACUGCAGGAAGCUCUGAAACAAAUUGAUCUCGACAAGGAUCUGACGGAGAACUACCGAAAGCAGUGCCGUAGACAUCAUGUCAUGGCAAGUGACGACAUGAUCGACCCAAAGAAAUACUUGAACAUUCCUGGACUCGUUGAUUACGACUACUGGCGGGAAAGAUGAGUUGACGACUGAGGUUUUCUCAUUGCAGAACUUGAUGCAAUCUCCGCUGAAAGCGCCAUUCAGGCAAGCCAUGAGGGCAUCGUUCUUCAUGGUUCAAAUGGCGACACACGGGGUCUAGCU